GAGCUCGCAGUAUGGCUUACGCUUCACGGACGGACCGACCUUCACGGACGAGUGGCUGUACCACACACACCCUUCAAUCGAAACCCCGGACGUCUACGAACGACCUCACCAUCACCAUCACCAUCACACGAUCCGAUCACCACCGACAAACCCAGUACGGAUGCAUGCAGGAUACCAGUGAUGGCUGUCCAUGCGACGAGAAAAGGAUCGAUGUGAGCAAGAGCAAAUGAGAAGGGCGUGUGUGAGAAUGCGGAAAAGUAAAGAUGCUGUAAAACAGGAAAAAAAACUCGCUAAAACAGUCAAAUGUAUGCGAUGCGAUGCGAUGCGAUGCGAUGCGAUGUGUGUUUCAGGGUUACCCGAUCGAGGAAAUCGA